ACAUCCGAAGCCCAGACCGCCUUCAACGCCCUGAAAGAAGCCUUUACCACGGCGCCCAUUCUUACUCAUUUCGACCCGGAGAAGGAAAUUACUGUGGAAACCGACGCCUCCGACUAUGUCUCCGCCGGUGUACUCUCCCAAUACGAUGACAAUGGUAUCCUCCGACCUGUUGCAUACUUCUCGAAAAAACACUCCUCCGCCGAAUGCAACUACGAGAUUUACGACAAGGAAUUACUGGCAAUCAUUCGGUCUUUUGAGGAGUGGCGACCGGAACUUGAAGGGGCUGCACACCCAAUCUCCGUCAUAUCCGAUCAUAAGACUCUCGAAUACUUUAUGAGUACCAAACAACUCAACCGAAGACAAGCACGGUGGGCAGAAUACCUGUCACGGUUUAAUUUUGUUAUCAAAUACCGACCAGGGAAACAAGGAGGGAAACCGGACGCGUUGACAAGAAGAUCAGGAGAUCUCCCUGGAGAGGGGGAUGAAAGACAAUUGUAUCAGAGUCAAGUUGUGUUGAAGAAGGAGAAUCUCGAUGCAAAGCUAAGUUUGUUGGCGGGUUCUUUCUCAAAUGAGCCCGCUGAAAAGAACGCCUCACUGCAGGAGUUAUUCGAUGAAGGAUAUAUCGCUGACCCGUUUCCCCAAAAGAUAAUGGAUAUGCGGAAUAAAGGCGAUCAACAAUCAAAGGACAUAUCACUCGCCGAAUGCACCGAGGUUGAAGGCCGAUUGCUUUACCGAGGCAGCAUAUAUGUCCCUGAUUACGACCCUCUUAAACUCCGAAUCCUCCAACUUUACCAUGACGCUGCCUCUGCCGGACACCCGGGACGCGAAAAAACAUUCGAACUCGUUAGUCGGGACUACUACUGGCCCCUCAUGCGAAAUUAUAUUGCCCGCUACGUUCGGAACUACCACACGUGCCAACGAAGCAAACCCAACACCCAUGGAAAACUCGGCGUACUUCGACCUUUACCGAUUCCCGAACAACCAUGGCAGGAAGUAUCGAUGGACUUCGUUACUGGCCUACCGGAAAGUGAAGGGUACGAUGCAAUUAUGGUAGUGGUUGACCGGCUAACAAAGAUGGGACAUCUCCUGCCCUGCAAUACUACAGUCAACUCCGAAGACGUCGCCUGA